AUGUCAGACGGUGGUGGCGGUGGCGGUGGCGGUGGUGGACGGGAAUUUUUUUUUCCGUCCAAAUUGCCGAAGGUAGAGAACGGUAUUUUUUUGCCGCGCGAGGGCAGUCCUCGUGUGAUUCCUUUUAGAGCUGCGACACAAUUGCGUGGUGCAGGUGCUGUGCAGCAUUCGUCGAGCGGGGUGGCUUCUAGUGUUGUCCCUGUGCCAUCUGUGGAGCAGGUGGUGGGUGGAGUGUUGCGUCGUGGAGAGGAGGACAGGAGCGCACCAGGCGAGGAUGUGGGUGGCACCAAUAAUUCUGUUGAAGAUAAGAACUGCGGUGGGUUUGAACUGCCUGGUCGUAUUUUCUGUCGUCGAGAUCGUUCGUCUGCGGAUGCGGCUGGUGUGAGGCAGGCCGCGGCAUCGUCGAAAACGGUGGCGGUUGUCACUGGUGUGAUGCCGCGCUACCGUGACACAAUGCAGCCUAAUGGGGAUGCCAUGGAGUGUAUGCCGCACGAGGGUGACGGUUCUCCAACCUGCGCCGUGGGACACACCUGUGUAGCGGUGGAAGAGAGCGAGUUUAUAUCCGACGUGCUUUUUAUGUGGAUGGGUGUGGAGAAGACGAAGUACUUCACGUACGAUGCGACGUCUCAUCGAUAUGUUAUGAGUGCGGAAGUGGGCACGAUGCGCCAGCGUCAGGCCUUCCUCACGCUGCAGGAGUGUGGCUGGCUGGCACACCAGAUUGAUGAAGUGCUUAGAAGUACUACCACCGAACGGUCCUUCUUGCAGCAGAGUUUGCGAAGCGCAAUGCGGCAGCAGUUGUUGCAGUAUCAUUGCCUGGUGGCCUCCUUUCGGGAGCGUCGAUUACCCCCAAUGACAUUCAGUGAUUUGGUUGUCGCAUUCAAGAGGGUGCAGCCGAAGUUGCAAGUGCUCUUCACGAUUCUCCGUGAGACAGAGUCUGUGAAGGGAGGGGAACUUGCAUCAAAGCUGCAGCGGCUCGUGCAGCAGGGUUCUACGAGACUUUAUGCGUUGCUCUCUGAGGUUUACAUGGAAGCAGUGAGUCCGCUCCUCUACAUGGCCGUGUCAAGCAUCACCAAGGGGGAGAUAUCGGAUCCCUUUAAUGAGUUUUUUGUGAAGUCCAAUCCACGAAUUGACAACACUUCCGACGCGUUCUGGUCCUCCAAGUUUGCGCUUCUCCCAGAAAUGCUCCCAACAACCGUGUCGCGCGCUUUAGCAGAACAAGUCAUGUUGGUGACAAAAAAUGUUAGUUUUAUUAGGAAUUGCUGCAGGUGUAAACAGUGGCACAUGGACCCGGCUAUUGUGACUGCGGCACAAGGCGCCUCUUUCGAUACCAUUGGUGCGGUUGUUCGUGAUGCGAUGUGUUUUACAAACACGGCGGUGUUGAAGCUGAUUCGUGAGGAAUUUCAUUUGGACAACGUUUUUCGCAUGGUAAACGCCUUCCUGCUGGUUGGAAAUGGUGGUUUCUAUGAACUUCUUAUCGACAGGCUGGACCCUGUGCUCAGUAGACUGAGUCAUAUGGUGCAAACCUCCAUUGUUCGUGAUCACAUGCAAAGCGCGCUUCUUGACAUUGUUCCAUACACGAGGCACCUUGACACGGAUCUCUUUUCGAUGCUGCAAUGUGAGAUGGUCAAGGACGACAAGAUUAUUGGCUGGGAUGCCUUUCUUGUGACAAUGACAGUGCCUUCGCCUCUCAAUAACAUCUUUGACGUGACCGCCAUGAAAGUCUACCGACGGCUUUUCCGCAUCAUGUUCAAAGUGAAGCGGGCUGAAGUUGCGCUGAAGAAGUCAUGGCGACAGAGCGUUGUCUUGGAUCGCAUCAUUGGACGACUUCACAACACAAGCCGUGAGGUCAUCGCCUGGCGUGAGGUCGCAGCGGAUGCCCACCUCCUUGGACUGCAGUUGAAUCAUUUUGUAAACAAUCUCUGGUCUUACCUCGUGGCGGAGGUAUCCACUGUCUCGUGGGACCUGCUGAUGAAGGCGCUGCGGCAAUGCACCUCACUGGAUGAAAUUCGAGCCGCCCACAUAGCGUACCUGCAGUAUCUAACACUCCACUCCCUUCUUCACGGGGACUGCGCCUCGAUGCGCCAGAACAUUGAGAGUGUCCUCAGCAUCGUUCGGCAGUACGUUGGGGCCCAAGCGCUUUUGACGUCGUUGCUGGAACGCGGGAAUGGAGACGUGUUUUCUAUUAAGAGCGAGUAUCAACGCCUGACCGAUGACUUUCAGCGGGAAAUCACAUCUCUUCUCACGACCUUGGAGGAGCAGCACCUGCAAUUUGACUUUUUAAACUUUCUUCUUCUGCGACUUAAUUUCAAUCAUUUCUACCACGACACGAUGUUUGGGAAUAACACGGAGUUUUAG